GGGGCCCCCUGGCAAUAGGGGAUCAUGGGGCCCCUGUGUCCUUGCCCAAACUCAAAAAAGCCUAUGAAAAAGUAUGUCAUCUUCAGGUGUGAAGAGAAAUGACAAAACAGUUCAGCGUCUGCUGCCUUUCUGAUAUGGCCUUGAGGUUGUUUCCACAUCAGGGGCGAACUGACAACUCAUGGGGCCCCCGGGCAAUAGGGGAUCAUGGGGCCCCUGUAUCCUUGCCCAAACUCAAAAAAGCCUAUGAAAAAGGUACCAUAGGCAUCUCAUGGGGCCCCCUACUGACCCCGGGGACCUCGGGCAGUGCCCGAGUUUCCAAAUGGUCAGUCCGCCUCUGUUCC